AUGAAGUUGGUUAUAUUUUUUGCAAUAUUUUUUAUAUUCAUAAUAUGCUUAGUAAAUUGUAACCAGGAUCCUAAUAAUAACGUUAAUCUCCAAGAAAUUAAAGAAAACAACGUGCUUUUACAUAGUAACUUUGAUAGGAAAAAAAAUGAGGUUAAAUUAAAAGUGGAGAACUCUUCAUUUACACGAUAUGUAGAAAAAGCCAUUUAUUUAUUAAACAAGCAAACAUGUUUAAAACAUUCAAUUACUGAUAAAGACGAAAAUGGCACAACAAAAAUAAGAUAUGGAUCAUUUUGUGGCUUUGAUGUAGAAAUAAAAAAUGGAUAUUUAUUUCAUGUAAUAACAAUAAAUGACUAUUGCUUUGAUAAAAUCAAACUUAAUAAAUUAAUUUUUUCGAGCUUUAAUUUAAGGUUUCAAAUAAUGCAAUAUAUUAAGAAACAAAAAUCAAACGAAAUGGAGUUUAGUCAUGAAAUUACUUGGUUUAAAUUUUCAAAUGACAAAUAUGGUUUAUUUAAUCCCAAGACAAAAAGAUUUUCGAUAGUAAGUGGUAGUAGAGUUGAUCCUUUUGCCAAACUUGAUUUAAGUCUUUCUUUGAAUCCUAAAAAUGGUUCUCUACAAAAAGAUAUAUCUUCUGAAUUUAUGUCAUUUACUGAAGUUAGGUAUUUGAACAGGAUAAUGUGUGACCACAUUUUGAAAAAAAACCAUAAAAAAAAAUGUUCAAAUGGUGGGUAUGUAAAUCCAGUAGAUCAAAAAACAUGUUUGUGUCCAUUUUUCUAUGAAGGAGAAAAGUGUAACAAAUUUAUGGAGUCAAAAAAACAAGAUUUAUGUGGUAAUAAGGUGAUAAAACCAACAACUAAAGCAAAAAAGAUGGUAGUUGACUUAGAUGUAGAAUGUUUUCAUCAUUUCAAAGCUCCUAAAGGAAACAAGAUUAAUAUGACACUGACAGUCAAAAAUAAAUUAUUCUAUGAUUGUAAACAUUUUCCAUUUAUUGAAAUUAGAUACAAAAAAGACAAAACUAAAAUAGGAAUAAUUCCAUGUGGAUCUUUUGUAAAAUUAGAAAUUAAAUCUGAAGAUGAAAAUAUUUUUCUAUACAACUCAAGAUAUGGUUCAAACUUAUCUUUCGAUGUAUCUUAUAAAGCAGUGGUCAAGUAA